AUGACUCCAUCUUGGCUGGAGGUGCAUGCGUCCUACAUUGACAGCUCGCGCUCGCUGACUGCUGCACAGCUCACAUUCAACGCAAGCUCUACCGCGAACCCCGCUCUCCUUAAGGUUCCUAUGAUUCCUGCUGGUGUGCUUAAAGAUUCAAUACCGCUGACUGUUGAGAUCACGGUCGCACAUGACAUCAGUUUACGGUCGACUGACAGCGAUAUUCGAUAUGGCGUAUCAGAUGGUAUCAGAAUGAUCGGAUUUGAAACAUGUGACAUAGGUAAUUAUAUUAACAGUUCUCCAUGCUACGGAAUAGAAGGUGCUUCUGGUCCCACCUUAAAGUCUAUUCGUCUCGAAUUGACCACACCGAAACCCUCCGAAUCUUUCUACCCCGGCCAGUUUAUCAUCACUCUCAAGCUGGAUGAACGCUGGGGGUCAUGCUACACUGCGCAUGACGGAGGCUUCGUGAGGACCGCCGGCUACAACAACCGACUGAUGCUCAGUAAGGGACUCACUCUAGAGGUGUACAAAAGUAACAAGGAUGAAAAGGUUGGAAUCAGGUUUAUCAAAGUCUCCAUCAUAGAAGAUGAUGCGUAGGAGAAAAAGCUUUCACAAAGAAUUAGAUCGAAAUCAACAGAUUGAGAGAAAGUCGAGAAUUGUUUUAGAAAGGUAGCCUACAUUAGAGUUGCAAAACUGAUACGCUAAGAGCUUUCUUUUAUUUUACUUUUUUUUGUAAGUUUCACACUUUAAAUUU